UUGGACAGAGGAGCGGUGUGGGGACGCUGAUAGAAGGUAGAGAGAGGGUGGGGGCGGCCAGGCGGAGGACGGAGCUCCCUUGUCGGUGUUGUUGUUGGUGACGAUGAUACAGAUGGGUGCGACUCUGCUCAGCUAAGCCGGCCACCGAUCCAGCACCACCAGCGGUCAUCCAAUGCAGCCUGAAUCCAGCUGACCGCAGUUGGAUAGCUCACAUCCUGCGAAUGUCUCUUUGCUAUCUCUGGCACUAUGCUGCCCCGUAACAUGCGAACAGGUGGUUGUGACCUCCCUGGGGUGGAGUCAAGUGACGUGCCUCUCAUUGGCUACCGGCCCUUACCACCUGACAGCGGCACCCCUAGCAGCCAAUCAGGGAAGGGGAGGGGAAGCGGCAGCGAUGAAUUGGAAACUUCACAGGCAGAGCCCUCACCGAUGAAGACUACCUGGUACUGUCCUCUGGAUCUGUCCACUGUGGUGGAGGAAGAGGAGGAUGGAGUGAUCUACACAGUGAUGGUCAAACAGCAGCAUGGAGGCCUCAAUAGUCCGAUGUCAGUUUCUCGCUCCCAGUGUGUAAAAGCAGGGACAGAAGAGAAGCUGGUUCUCCACCUCCUCCACUCCUUUUCUAUGGGAGACUCCUCCUUCAUCACCAUUUUCCUCUCCACCUAUCGAUCCUUCACCUCCACGAAGAGAGUGCUCGACAUCCUGUCUGACAGAUUGGAGAACCCACCUGGGGACAGUGAGAAGAGCCAGAUUAGACAAGCUUUCAACAAAUCGGUGUGUACAGUCUUCAGCACAUGGCUCUCUGAGUAUCCUGAAGACUUUAAGAGUUUGGGGGAUCCCUCUUGCCUGCUGCGCCUGGCUCCACUCCUCCCCCAGGACUCCUCAUCUGCAGCUGACCUCCGAGCCCGCCUCCUCAGGAUAGCUGAGGAGCUCAGUGAGAAAGCCCUGCUCCCUGAUGCGCAUAAAGAUCAGACUGGCCCCACCAGCCUUCCUCCUGAUGCCUCCAAGUUUGAACCCACCAGCAUCCUGGGAUUCCCUGCAGCGCUCAUCGCUGAGCAGCUCACCAAGAUAGAGGCAGAGCUGUUUGUCCGUCUGGUCCCGUACCACUGCCUCGGCUCACUGUGGUCUCAGAGGGAUAAGAAAGGGAGGGAAGGAGUUUGUUGGUCGGUCCGGGCCACCAUACGUCAGUUCAACAAGUUGGCCAAUGCAGUUUUAGCAUCCUGCCUUUGGCCCACAAAGCUGCGCAGCCAGCAGAGAGCCCGACUGCUGGAGAAAUGGAUCAGCGUGGCAGAGGAGUGCCGAGCCAGGAAGAACUUCUCCUCACUGUAUGCCAUCGUGUCUGCCUUGCAGAGUAACCCCAUCCACCGGCUGAGGAGGACGUGGCACGACACUGACAGGGAGGCUAUGAGGAGAUAUGAGGAACUGUCAGAAAUAUUCUCAGAUAAGGACAACUACUCACAUAGCAGAGAACUCCUGAAGGAGGAGGGCACCUCAAAGUUCGCCAACCUUGACAACAGGCUCAACAACAAAAAUCUUAAUAGGUCCAACGCCCAGGGCACAGUGCCCUACCUGGGCAUCUUCCUCACAGACCUCACCAUGCUGGACACGGCAGUCAAAGACAGGCUAGAUAACGGCUACAUCAACUUUGACAAAAGGAGGAGGGAAUUUGAGGUUUUAGCUCAAAUCCGUUUGCUGCAGUCUUCCUGCAAAAACUGUGUUUUCAUCGCUGACGAGGCCUUCAUACAGUGGUACCAGAGUGUACCUACACUGACAGAGGAGGAGAGUUACAGACUAUCAAACGAAAUUGAAGCGCCUUGUGAGCCGAGCCCCCGUGGCCCUACUCCAACAGUCAUCAUCACACAAUGCCAAGGCCUGAGUUCCUCCCGGACCAGCCUGGUUGGUGACAGUGACAGCCUUUUUGACUUCCCCUCCCCUGUCAACAAUCUGCUCUCCAAACUCACAAAGCACAUGAAAUCUCCAUCUGUGUCUUGCCUGGAUGUUGACACGUCUCCUCCAACCAAUGAGUCCACCCCUGCCACGUUGACUCCAUCCACUCCCACAAAAUCACACCGCCGAUCAGCCUCCUGUGGCAACAACCCCCCCAGUAAUAUCCAAGGGUCAGGGCCCGACAUGCGAAUCAUCAGGAUACGGAUGGACCUGCAUGAUGGAAACAUGUACCGAAGCAUACUGGUUACAAGCAAUGAUAAGACCCCCACUGUGAUCAGCUCUGCCUUAGAAAAGCACAUUCAGGACCCCAAACAGGCAUCCAGAUAUGAGCUGAUCCAACUUCUGCCUGAGGGAAAAGAACUGGUCAUCCCUGCUACAGGAAAUGUCUUCUACGCCAUGACAUCAUCCAGUGUUGACUUCCUGUUGAGAAGGAAAGGCGGGAACACUCCUCUGGGCUCACAACCGAUCAGCACAGAAACAAGUGCCACUUUUCCUCGAAUCAAGGCCAAGGGGAGGAGACUGGUCAGGACUCUAUUUUGACAUCCGAUUUUUCUUCAUCCACAGUGACAGAUUUUUCUCAUAGUGCUGACAUGAAUGCGGGGCGAGCUCUCACAAACAGUAAAUGUGGCCUUCUCUGUGCAAGACAAACAUCUAGAUAUGCCUAUCGCCCAUACUCCUACAAAGCUUGUUACACCAAAACACCAAGACCAAGGCUCCUUGUGUUUAAAUCAACGACUCCAUAGCAGGUUUUGACAUUUCAACAUUUCAGACCUCCGGCUGCCCUGCUGUGUUCUCCAGAGCUGUCUGCUGCUGAAGAACAAUGUCAGUUUUCCUCUUUUCCAAACAGUAUGCAUUUCUAAUACUUUUGGUGCUGGCUCUCGAGUCCCAGUCAGGUAGCACUUGACGCAUUUAUUUCAUUCCAACUCAAUGAAUGAGAUCUGUUUAAUUGCUUAUAAUCACCAGGAAAUCCCUUGUUGUUUUGUGCCUGAGUCAUGAGUGACAUUUCCAAAUGUAAAAAGAUUUAAUUGGUCAGAAUUUCUGAUCACCUGAGAUGCCGCUGAAGGAUUUAAGAUGUUUUUUGGGGGAGGGGGAGGAAGCAUAAUGAAAUCAAAAUAUACAGAUCUGUCAGAUCUGGUAAACAGCACACAUAGGGAAGCAAAGGAUGCAAUACAAGUGCAUCAUUGUAGCAAAACACUGGAGCUUGUCAAAUUAGACAUAUAUAUGUUUUGUAUAUAUUUAUAUAUUUUGUACGUCUGUAUGAUGUCAACCUUGUGUUUACACUGGCAAGGAGCUCAAGGUCCCAUGUGUCCAGAUUGUCCAGUAACUAAUUCAUCAAGGAAAGAUGCAUCAAAUACCUGCAAGAUGUUCACUUUAAACAGGCCAGCAUGUGUCUAAAGACAGUGAAAGUAAUUAUUUCAGCUUUGACUUAAGCAGAUAUUCAUUUCAGCAGUAACUUCAAGCUGCAUUUUUAUACUAACAAUGAAUUAAAUUACUAUUCAGUUUGUGAAAGGGGCUGCUCACUCGCCUAAAAAGAAGGAUCAACUCUGCAGGCCUCGGAAAUGUACUUCUUGGUCCAUUCUCACAGCUGUUAUCAAGCCUGUUUCCAGCAGCAGCUGUUGUCGGCCAAAAAGCUCACAUGACCCCACUGUAUGCUACCUGCCCAACAGCAACCAGCAGACACACAAAGUUAUUGAAUAGUUGGUGAAUAGAAGCUGGGAAAAGAGCAAGAUGUUUUUCUCAGAAAUUGCUAGAAACUACAUCUAAAAGGAGUGUUAUUCACACUGAUUUUAUCAGAUGGACAGAAAUACAACUCUAAAUAAAUACUUCAUCUUCAGCUGGAUAUAUAUGUAGGCAGCUGUUCUCUAACACCUUAGUUGUAACAACUUUAUAAGGCGGGAAAAUGUCAUACAGCUCUUUUUGGAGUUCUUCCAACCCCAAGUGGCCAAAAAUGGAUUAUUGCAGCUUUAAAAACACCUUGCAGCGCUUCCAAAGCAUGUGGCUUUGCUUCACUUUUUCACUGCAGUACCAAAACCAUAAGAAAAUCAAAACAAUACACCACCUUCUUUGGGUUGAAUUGAUUUUCCAAGUCUGACCCUUUCAACAGAGCAUAAGCUAAACUUAAUUUAUGCAGAUUUUUACGCAGCUCAGUGGGAAACAACUUCACUGCUGUUUACAUACAAUACAAAGCCUCAGCUCCAAUUUCAUGUUAUGAAUUAACAUGUUAACUUCAUUGUAUGUGUAAAACACACAAUCUCUUUGAGAAAAGGCUGGGCUUUGACAAAGUCCUGUGACCUCUGUUUGUAUCUGCCCAGUGCUGGUGAGGCCUCCGUAUUGGCUGAGGCACAAGCAAAGCAGGACAAGGGAGAGGAUUCUUCAGACGAUGUGUGCUAGCAUUAUGCUGUGUUACUGAUUGUUUUAGUGCCUUUCUCUACAGGAUGUUCAUCUUUCCUCAUGUUUGCAUUAGAAUGUAUACCAUGCAGUGUACAUGGAGGAAAUGCACUCACCUCUAGUGCUGUGUAGUCUCACAUCAAAGCUAUUUAUGCACUACAUACAGGAUGUCCUAUUUUUGUGGUAAUAAAUUUACUUUUAUAUGAAUACCAUUGCUUUUGACUGAUGUGCUGCAACGUAUUCCACGUUCAAUACAGAUAUUUUCCAUGCUGCUGAGUAUCCCGUACAAAGAAUUAAAGCUGUCUCUAUAUGUGAAA